AUGUUCACCACUUUCGUGAGCAUGCCUUCUACUACGCCUAGUACUUCUGCAUCCCCAGAACCUCCACCACGGCCCCGUCCACGUCAAAAACGAAGUCAAGUGGCCAAAGCGUGCGACUGGUGUCGAGUCCAUCGGAUCAAAUGCGAUAAUGACCAUCCGUGUAACAACUGCAAAACUCGCGGCGGCAACUGCAGCAAUAGCGGUGCUAUGAAGUUGGCAACACUUCCACAUGCAUAUCGUGAGAUUGAACGCCUUAAGCAAAAAGUGCAAGAACUUGAGAAACAACUCGAUAAAGAGCGCUCAAGCGAUAGCAAACAAAACAUGCAAAUGCUUCCUCCACAUGGACUUCCUUCACCGCCGAAUAGUAUUGGAAGUUCCCGAUCGGGACAUGACACUGGAUUAAGCGGUAUGAGUGGCUUGGGUGGUAUGAGCGGCCUUGAAUUUGACGCAAACUCAAUCAAGAGAGAAUGGGAAGGCAUUCACAUUAGCACCGCGCGUUCCCCACAAAAGACGUGGUAUGGCUCAGCAUCACUGUACUAUUUCAUCGGGCGCCUCAAUACUUUCUUGACCGCUUCACUACACCAAAAACAUUCUGCCCAUGCCAUGUUACCGAACUCGGCGAGUAAAGUACUCGAUGGGCCGACUACAGCAGAUACAUCAGACAACAAAAAUGGGAUGAUGGUCCCGAUAGAAGACCCCCUCAAUGUUGGUGAUUAUCUUUCACCAACACAAGAAGAGUACUUUCUUGGGCUCUUUUGGCAAUCAUACUAUACCUCAAAUCCCAUCAUCGACGAACAAGAAUUCAAAGAACAUUAUCAGUCGUUAUGGAUGAAUUCUGACAAAGAGAGAAAACCUUCCGCGCUUGUCGAUAUUAUCCUCGCAAUGUGUAUGCAGUAUGGCAUGUCUUUUCUGCCCAAUGUAACACGCACACAUAAUCCCGGCUCGAGAGCUAACGUAAAUGUCAAUGAUGCAACAAUUGCUGGCAGAUGGCAUUACCGACGUUGUCAAUCUCUACUGGCAGCCGAUCUUGAAGCACCAACAAUAGCUACUCUCCAAUGUCAUAUACUCUGUUCCAUAUACCUCUGCUGUGGAUCAUUUCAAAAUAUGGCAGACAGCGCUUGCAGUGCUGCUGUACGGACAGCUUAUAUGCUUGGUCUACAUGUCGAGCCUCCCCAAGAAAUGCCAAGAAAGGAAAGAGAACUGCGGAAACGCAUGUGGUGGACACUCUACGUUUUGGAGAGUAAAAUGAGUAUGAAACUCGGUCGUCCGUUUUUGGUUCAUGAGUGUAACACUACAUGCACCCUUCCUACAGACGACCGCGAUGUUGCCAUUGCUGCAGGACAAAGCUUUGCACCUCUGGGUGAUAAUGUUACCUGGUUGACUUGGAAUCUUCACAAUACGAAACUGUUGCUUGUUGCUCGAUCGGCCUACUCUGCUUUCUACGAUACCCCGGUCCCUAAUACAGUCAACGUAAGAGGAACCAUUUGGGAUGACUUGCAAACUCUUGGAACUUAUGCAGAUAUGCUGGAACCACACUUAGAGCGAAUGGACGAAUGGCUCAGGGGUGUACCCAUGGCACUCAAGACCGAUCGUCUCAAUGGCGGGUCUCCGUUCUCCACAGACCUAUCACAUGUUAAUAUCGAGCCAUUCGCACCACUGUGGCUUCAACGACAACGACUCCUCCUAGAACUUAUGUACCACAAUCUCAGUACCAACCUCUGCCGGCCGUUUAUCGUCUUCAAUCCAGCAAGCACACCCACUGCUCUCUCAGAACAAAUCGCACUCAAAUGUGUCGGCCAUGCUAUGCAGUUGACGCACAUCAUGCAUCAUGUAAUCUUGUCGACAUCGAUUCUAGCAGGUUGGCAGGAAUCCUUCCAAUGGCAGUGGAACUGUGCAAUGACUCUCGUCGGUUAUAUCUUCGCAUAUCCUCAAGGCACACAGACUCGAGCAGCAAGAGGUGCUCUCGACCUCGCCAUCGCUGUCUUCGAUAACUUUGGUAACAAUUUCGCUCAAGCUGCCAGCGCUGCUAAUGUCAUGACUGAACUCAGUGCUAAAGUCGAUAUCCGUCUUGCACAAACUUAUGAGAAGCAAAUGAUGGCGCAACAGUCGAAAGUCAUGAUCAAGCCCGAUGAAGUACAAUCUGUCAUGAGUGCAGGAGACUCGGGAUAUGAGAGUCUUCUCGAUGAUAGCUUCACUGGAAUGCAAGGUGUGGAUUCGUUGUCUUUCGAUAAUGAGACCAAUGCAGAAAUUCAAGAUAUCUUGGCUCAAUCCAUUGAUAUGACAUUUCCAGCAGAUUCAUAUACAGACUUCGAGAUGUUAUGGGCGAAUAUGGGGACGAUAUUUCCGGAAUAG